UCCUGUAGCGCGCGUGCUGUCGCUCGCGGUGAAGAAGCUGACUUUUUUUUUCAUCCAAACCCGUUCAUCAUUUGUCUUUAUUCCCCGCCGUCAACGAGUCAAAGAGGGCAGGAAGAGACAAGAGGAGUACAGCUGUGGUGAUGUGGUGUUUCAGGGCUCAGUCGCUCCUUCAACGCUGCUGACGCUGUGCAGGUUGGGGAUGUAAACGCCGGGAAGCCACUUUAAACGGACCUGAACUGAUGGGACUCAUUCCCCCGGAACAAUGAGCCGCUAGGAGCCGGAACGUGUCGUGAAAGCCUCAGGCCUGUAAGGAUACUGGCUCGGCUCUUCCAUCCUCCCCCUCUUACAUCCCACUGUGUCGCACCACUACCAUGUCCUUUCCCUGCUGUGCCCAUCUCAUGGAGAGUGCGCGCCCACCCAGAUAGGAUGCCUGCCUUGCCCGACGCCCUGCAUCCCCUCCUGCCCAUCACCACCUCCUCCUUCUCCUCGUGUGUACCUGCUCUUGCCAACAGUUCCUUGCGGCCCCCCAGGCCGCGCCCUGCCCCGCUCCAACAUGGUGGAUGAGGUGACCACCAUGAAGGAUGACGUCAUCAAUGCCAACACGCUGGCUUGGCUGGUCUGCUCGGGCGUGUCCAUCCUGGCCAACACUUGGAGCAUCCUCAGUGUCAGCGCCAAGCAGAAAAAGUGGAAACCGCUGGAGUUCCUCAUCUGCACGCUGGCGGGCACGCACAUCCUCAACAUGGCCAUCCCCAUCACCAUGUACUGUGUCAUAACGCUGCGGCGUCAGCACUCCAACUACGAGUGGAACGAGGGUCUAUGCAAGGUGUUUGUUUCCACCUUCUACACCCUCACGUUAGUCACCUGCUUCUCCGUCACCUCGCUCUCUUAUCACCGCAUGUGGAUGGUACGCUGGCCUGUAAACUACAGGUUAAGUAACACCAAGAAGCAGGCGGUGCACACAGUGAUGGGCAUCUGGAUGGUCUCCUUCAUCCUGUCAACGCUUCCAGCAGUGGGUUGGCACGACACCAUCGACCGCUUCUACACCUCGGACUGCCGGUUCAUUGUGACUGAGAUCGGCUUGGGCUUUGGCGUGUGCUUUCUGCUGCUGAUCGGUGGCAGCGUGGCCAUGGGCGUGAUCUGCAUCGGCAUCGCUCUCUUCCAGACCUUCUCUAUUCAGGCGGGCCACAAUGCCGACAAGAACAAGUUCAACGUCCCCACCAUAGUGGUGGAGGACGCCCAGGGGAAGCGCAGGUCGUCCAUCGAUGGAUCAGAGCCUCUCAAGACGUCACUGCAGAUCACCUACCUGAUCAGUGGUAUCGUCUUCAUCUACGACUUCCUGACUGGCUUCCCGAUACUGGUGGUGAGCUUUGCCAGUCUGAAGUUUGACCGCUCCUACAACUGGAUGGUGUUGUGCGUGCUGUGGUGCUCCAUUGCUCAGUCCAUCCUGCUGCCCAUGUUCCUCUGGGCCUGUGACCGCUAUCGCGCUGACAUCCGCAUGGUGUGGGAGAAGUGUGUCGCCAUCAUGUCCAACGACGACGUGGACGAGGAAAACAGCCAAGAUGGAGGAAUUCAUGCCGACUUAAUAUAUGACAGACCAUAUGACUAUAGCUCGGCGCCUGAAAUCGUGACGGUAGACCGUAAUGCCAAGUAUGAGUUCUCAACCUUAGAAAGGGGGGUUCUGCAAGGGUAUCCAUUGAGGGAACAACAGGAAGAUAAAAUGCAGUAUUUGCAGGUGCCCCCUACAAGAAGAUACUCCCACGACGAAACCGACAUGUGGACCAGCGACCGGAUCCCCUCAUACCUUCACCGAUGGGGCUCCACCGAGGACAUGAUAGUGAGUGCCCACUACAGCUCCACCUUGCCGCGCCACGAGAGGCGCAGGAGCAGCCUGGUCUCCUACCACGAGGAGAGCCACCAUCACCAUCACCCGCACCGCAAGCGGCGACGCUCUGAGGACAGCAUGCACUCCCUCAGGCACCUGCCGCGCGUGGUCUGCGGCGGGGAGCGCUAUGAGGACGAACUGCGGUGUUUCAGCCGCGACGAGGUGAUUAACUUUAUAGAUGAGACGCCGCUGCCGAGCCCCAGGAAGAGCCCGCGGCGCACAUCCACCAUCUCACUUAUCCCCAAUGUGUAUGAACAGCACACAGUCAUCCUUCCUCACUUCCCGCUCACAGACUUUGAGCGUGAGCCUCAGGCGCUCCGGCGGCUCUCAGAACACAAAAGGAGCAGCAGUCGGGGCAACUCGCCCGAGGGCUCCCCCAAACCAGACAGACCUGCUGGAAGGAAGAGCCCCGGGGCUUGUGGCUCUGGUAAAGGCUGCCGGGAGCGCCUGCGAGACGGGAGACAGCAGUGUGAAGUGGGCUCACCUGGGCGCAGCCAGCAGACUCCAGGCCACUCUAGGCCCAGGACAGGCGGUGUAGCAGGAGCUGGUGCUGGUGCUGGAGCUGGUGCUGACUGGGGGCAUCAGAAGCACCUGAGCAAGGCCGAGAGUAAAGGAAGCACAAACAGUUUUGUAAGCACACCCUCGGUAACGUCCUCGGGAUACAUCACCUUUCACUCUGAUUCUGUAGGCUCCACAACCUAAAAGCGAGUUUUCCCUUGUUAAUAUCAACAUUAUUACUGAAGUUAUUAUCAUAAUGAAAACCACUCGAAUAUUGGUGGUUAUGGGAAAAUGAUGUACUGGAUUAUUUGGCCUUUUUGGUUGUGCCACUUAUAUACCACCAAUAUCAGUUAUGCUUAAUGGCCUUGGGGGCUUUGGACAUAAUUUCUGAAUGAGUCUAACUUUGAUUUUGUAUGUAGGCUGGUGAAAAGGUUGGGUGGUCAUGUUAUUCAGCUUUCAUAUCACAAAAUACCCCCCCCCCCCCCCAGCACUAGCACAAGUAAACUGUUUUUAAAUGGCGUGAACAUUCCCACACCUUGUUUUUGCUGUUUGAUGUUGUUUCUUAUGAAAUGCUCAAAGAAUUGGAGGAGGUAGUAGUUAGGGUGGUGUUUCUUUCUUUUUUCUUUUUCUUUGCACUUAAGAACUUCAAUUUAAAUUGUAUUUCUUUUAGCCUGUAAUGGCUGUGUGUUUUGUUGUAUGGACACGUUUGCUUUCAAACCAAACUUUCCUGAAUACUGCCCAUUUACCUUGAGAUUGACUUAAGUAUAUGACAAAUUAUACAUAUUCGUUUUAUUUUGAUUAUGAUGUACAACUUUUAUAUUUACAUUAUUAUUCACAACACAUGAAAUGCUUUUUUUCCACGCACCUUAUGUUGAAGUAAACUGAGAGUGGUAAUCCCAAACUCUUUAAUGCCUAAUAGUUUUACAGCUACUGUGUGAGAUAUUGAGAUAUAACGUGAAUACCCCUGAAUUCGUAAUGAUAAAUGUGAAGUCAGUUUGUAAAGACUGACAUGUCAUGUAUAUAUGAAGGAUAUUGGAUUUAUGGUUUUGGUGUUUUAUUUUGUUUAAUGAGAACUUUGCUCAGAAUUUCCUGCCAGUUCUUAUUAUUCCACUGGUUGUGUUCACUUUGGAGAUCAUCAAGCACAACAGUUGCUCACCACAUUAGAUAUUUACAACAUCUGACCAAUACAAGUGAAAAUGGUGCUUUAUCCUCAAUAACUGAGCAUAUCAGCCUGACCGCAGCUCUUAUUCGUUUCAAUAAUGUAUUCUAAAGCACCAAUAAUAUUUUUUUAAAGUAUCCAACAAAGGGGAAACCUCUAAAACAUGUUUAAUAGUCCAAAAGUGGAAUAAGCACAGCCUUCAGGCUGACUAGAUGUAGCAUAACUUAAAUGCUGGUGUUGAACCUAAAUCCACAAAAAUGUUAGUACAAAUUAGGGGCAUUGUGAAUAGAAUGGAAAUUAAGUAUAACAUUAAUGACUUAUAGUAAGUUAUCAAAAAGUAAGUUAACAAAAAGCAUACAUUAUAUUUGAUAUGUAAUCUCAUAACAUGCAUCAAGACUGCUAAUGGUCCUAUCCUGGGAGGGUUUUCUAAUUGUGAAGUGACAUUUAAAAAAAAAAAAAAAACUGAUUUAUUGAGGCCUAUAAAGUAAUGUUAAGUAAAUGUAAGCAUUCCCAGAGCCUCAGUGAGGGUACCAUUGGAAAAUGAAAGUUUAGAUGCAUUCAUUUUCUAUGUUUUUGGAAAGUGGGUGUAAGUAUAAAAGUUCAAGGACAAAAAUAGUAAGACUAUAUUAUCAAUGACAUGCCCUUAAAUGCCCCAAAAUGUUUAGAAACUAUCACUUAGCACACUCACUCAAAAUGGACACUGGAGUGAACUAAACAACAAAGGUGACUUUACAAAGCACACUGAAAUUGAUUAGGACCUUACCAUGUUUACCAAAUGUGACAAUUUGUUGACUAAAAGGAGUGAAAAUUCUCUACUGACAAAUAUUAGCAGAACCAACUUUGGGCUUUGACCUCUCAUAGACUGUAACUGCUAACAUGAAUGUAUUUGCGCUAAUUUGGUGUAGAUUUUCAAAGAAAUUAUUAAGACUAUAAAGACAAGAAAUGAAAAUAUCCCCUUUGACAGCCUUAUUAGUUGUGAAACUUUUUUGCUAUUACCAUCUAAGUAAUAAAGUUGCAUAUACGUUUUCACUCAUCUGGUCAUUGAAAUGUUAAGUUUGAAUUCUCAUGUAUUAGUGUUCCUCUCAUUCAUUGCAGCCUAUUCUGCUGGGCAAAUUAGCUGAAAUGUGUCUUACUUUGGAGGCAUACAUCACAUUCCCCUGUCAAACUUUGCUAUGUCAUAGAUUUUUGCAUUUUGUUGUGUUUACAAUAUUAAAAUAUAAUUUUGUAACAUAUUCAAAGAUUUAUGACUCCAAUAUGAAUGAUGUUCAAUGUUAUGAUUUUCUUGUUAAGAUGAUGACUUUGUUAAAAAAGAU